AUGGUCCUAAAGACAGCGCCGGCCUUCGCCAUCUGCACCUCCAACAACGUCCUGAACCUCUUCGCGGCCCCCGCACACUCCAAGUCCAUAACGUCACCACCCCGACGCCAGACCCUCGACGCCAGACGACCACAACGCAGCACAACAUCACGAUGCUACGCGACAGAGAGAAACACACAGUCAAAUCCUUCUGACGAUGGUCCCAAGGCAUGCCCCGCCUGGCCGGCCUGCGCCAACCCAACACCCUACGACAUCUUCGCAAUAGACAAGUCCGCACCUUACACCAAAGCUCGUUUCGCCCAGCUCGUGAAGCAGUACCACCCCGACAAGCACCACUCAACCCCGCUCGACGCCCUCUCCCCCCAGGCACGCCUCGAGCGGUACCGCCUCGUCGUCCUCGCGAACGACAUCCUCAGCAGCCCCGACAAGCGCAGCGCCUACGACUCCUGGGGCGCCGGCUGGCACAUGCCCGGCACCGGCGUCCGCGACGACCGGGACAUUAACGAGAUAUACCGGCAGGCCGACCGCGCAUGGCGUCACAGUCCGAAUAACCCGGGCAUGAACGCGACGUGGGAGGAUUGGGAGCGGUGGCACGGCCGCAACAAUGGCAAGGAGAGGCAGCAGCCCGUCUUCAUGUCCAAUGCGAGCUUCGCGGCGCUAGUGUUGGCUGCGCUGGCGGUCGGGACGGUGGCGCAGACGACGCGGAUGGAUAAUAACUCUGCCAUAAUUAUCGAGAAGAGGCAGCUUCACGAGGCGAAUAUCAGUGACGCCCUCAGGAGGCAGAGUGCCGCCGUGGCCGGCAAGGGCAGGGAAGAGAGAAUCGAGAGGUUCCUGAGGGAAAGGGAGAAUCUGAAUUAUGACUUCGCGCCGGCCAAGCUUGAUGCGAGGCACGGGUCGGAUCCCAAGUAG